CCCUACUAAAGUUUCUUUAAACAGCCAAAAAAAAAAAAAAAGACUUAGUUUGGAACAUAGUGAGUCAAGAAAAAAAUUGAGGAUUAAAAGAUUGUAGUGUAUAUCUAGAAAUUCUUGAAAGUGGUAGAAGAAAAGUUGAUGGAAAAUGGUUCAGGAAUUUGACUACUUAAUAUGGAGAAACAAAGAUUAAGGCAACAGGGAAGUCAAUAAAAAACACUCUUCAUUCCCAAAAAUAAAUAUUAUAUGGAUGAUUCUGAUAAAUUAGGUUUCUCUAAGGAUGGGGAACUAAUAAUAGUGGAUAUUUAGAUAAGAGGAAAAGAGGGCUGGGGUUGUGGCUCAGUGGUAGAGCCUAGCACUUGUGAAGCCCUGAGUUCAAUCCUCAGCACCACAUAAAAAUAAAUAAAUAAAUGUCUAUCAACAACUAAAAAAAACAUUAAAAAAAGAGGAAACAAAGUGCAUUGGCUAUAAAGUUUAUUAAGGACAAUUAUAGAAUUUUCCCUCUGGGAUUUGAAAGAAAUGAGAUAGAGUGUUAAAUUAAUACAGGAAUUUAAAGUUAGAUUAGAUUAUCAAGAUUUCGGCAGUCGCAGUUGUGCCAGGGCACCAAGAUGUCGUUUCCAAAGUAUAAGCCCUUGCGUUUGGCCACUCUACUCCCUACCCUUGACCCCGCUGAGUACACCAAAUACAACAUAUCUCCGGAAACCCUGAAGGCGCAAGCUGAGAGGUUGGCCAUAAGAGCCGGGCUUAAAUGGGAGUAUCUGCUUCAGUAUAAUGACCUCAACCGUGGAGGGCUCAUUGAAGAUCCUGCCUUAAUUCGCUGUACCUACGCAAGAUCAGAAAAUAUCUAUCCAAAUUUUAGACCCACUCCCAAGAACUCACUCUUAGAAGCUCUGUUUGGAAUUGAACCCCUGUUCUUCUGGUAUUAUGUUUUCAAAACUUAUAGGGAUAGGAAGGAAAAACUUAUCCAGGAAGGAAAAUUGGACCGGAAAUUUAAUAUUUCCUAUUAAGUCUGGCAAUGAUUACUAAUAUAUUCUUGCUUAAUAAAUCUUCUAAAAAUCAUUUAAAAAAAGAUUUCCUCCCAACCCUUUUCUAAGAUAAGUCAACAUUUAUUGAGUUCCCACUGUGAAACACCUUGUUUUGGAAACAUUUCAUAAUUUUGUGACAUGCUUAAGAUUUGGGGUCUUGGGCUGGGGAUGUGGCUCAGGCGGUAGUGCGCUCGCCUGGCAUGCGCGCGUCGUUGGGUUUGAUCCUCAGCACCAUAUAUAAAUAAAGAUGUUGUGUCCGCCAAAAACUAAAAAAUAAAUAUUAAAAAAUUCUCUCUCUCUCUCUCUCUCUCUCUCUCUCUAAAAAAAAAAAGAUUUUGGGUCUUAUAACUGUGAA